GUUAAAACCACACAUUUACUGAAUGAACUACAGUACAACUUCGUCCAGAACAGAAAGCGGAAGUGUAAUGGGACGGUGCUGAAAUGCUGCAUGGCAAGCAUAAACAAGAAAAGUGUUAUGCCUAAACUGGAAAUAUAUUUAAUAGUUUUAAUGUUGGAAUCGAGAAAUCGUUAAUCUUUUUUAAUACCUCGUAAAAGCAUGUUGUAUGCAAUCUUUGCAAUGUGCAUACUGCCAGCCCCAGUGUUAUCUCACUCAGGGUCACAUUCGCUAUGGGUCUUCGCUACAUUUUUGACAGGAGAGAGUUCCGUCCAAUUCCCAGAGUUCACUGCAGUUGUAAUGCUGGAUGAUAUUGUGAUCGGCCACUAUAACGCAGAUGACAGAAGUUUUGAGCCGUUGACGGUGCAAGAGUCUGUUAAUAUCACCGAGCAAAUUACUAUAUCAACAGUCUGUAAAGGCAUACAUGAAGGCAUGAAAACCAAAGCGUACUACUUAAUCGAUUACUUAAACCAUACUAAAGGUCUACAUGUGCAGCAGAGGCUGGUUGGAUGUGAACUUCUUCAAAAUGAGCCCGGCCAAAUGAUGACACUAGAGGCCUUCAAUGGUGAGAGUGGUUUUGAAAGACGCUAUGACAUUCAGGGAGACCAACAAACUCACUGGAAAUGGCCUGUCAUUAAGAGUAGAGCACAGCUGGAGUACGAUGCAUGGCUGUAUGCACACUUUUACCGACCUUUGUGCAUUAGCCAGCUUCGUAAAUAUCUAAAUAAGGAGAAGAAGCGUGUUAUGGCAAGAGUAAAGCCUAGAGUGAGAGUGAUUCAUCGCACCUGUAGUAAGACUGGAAUAGUUCAGAUGGCCUGCCUCGCAACUGGUUUCUACCCACGUCACAUUAAUCUGACUCUACUUCAAGAUGGCCAGCCAUUCAAUGAGGAGAGGGUCAUGGGUGGAGAACUACUGCCGAAUGCUGAUGGAACAUACCAGAUGAGGAAGAGUGUGGAACUCAGUGCUGAUGAGCAAAGAGAAAGACAUACAUACACAUGCACUGUCAAUCACCUCAGCUUGGAUAACAAACUUGACAUCAGUAUAGAACCUGGUCUCAAUCCAGUUAUUGUCUUUCCCUCUGUACUACUUUUGCUGUGUGUGUUUGGAGCUCUUGCUGGAUUUCUUACCUGGCGGAGGAAAUAUAAACAGCCUGAGCAGGUCAGCUAUACACCAGCUUCAGCAACUGAUCAAACAACAGAACAAUCUCAGCUGUGACAGCAGAAGUGACACCAAAUGAUCUGUUCACAUUUACAGACCAGUCACAAUUCGCAAUGCUGUAUUUAACACUGUCUCAACUGAUAAAAUGACCAGUAUUUAACAAAGAUGUGUUGACAUUCAAGACAUUUGAGAAACUUAUAAAUAUGAAACUUAUAUGUUCAUCACUGUGUGUUUUAGUUUUGAAUGUGUCAGUAUGUUUUAUAACAGUUCAUAAGUUUUACAAAAGAACUGUUUGUAUUAUGUUCGACAGUUGUCCGAACUCUGUAACAUAAUGGUGGCAGUAAAUCAGCCACCAUUAGGCGUCAUGGUUUACCCAUGUACUGUAUAUUUGUACCGUAAUGUAUUUAAGACUGCAUGAACUACUCUACGAAUCGAAUAAGUUAUUACGAGAUAAAUAAACGUUGCAUUUUCUGUGAAUUA